GAUAGCGGUGACUCGUCGACUCUGUCCUGAAAAGCCUGUCCAGUUUCCCUGUAUUGUAUCCUAACACUCAGUUUUCAAACAUUCGCGACGCACAACACACGGGCUGCCCUUAAGCGUUAAGAAGCUGUUUACCGGUGGCCUUGACAACAGCCGCCGCCGCACUAUGCCUAUUUAGAAAACUCACUGCCGAAGCUCCGGCUUCGGGAGACAAGCGCAUACUUGUACAAAUACUAAGGUUUAAAAUGGACGAAAGGCACUGGUGGAUCGCUACCAAAGUGCAGGAAACAUUCCGCGUGUGUGGGAAGGACAGCCCGACGGAGCUCGAGAGCUUCUUUACACAGCCCGAACACCUCGAGCUGGUGGACGAGUUCUUGAAAGCUGAUGGCCUUGGCAAGCUGUUUUUCUAUGCCAGUACUGAAAACCAGGAGGAGAUGCAACUGUCCAGUCUCAACAUUGUAGAAAAUUUGGAUAAGAUUACAGAUUCACAGAAUGUUGAUAUUCUUUAUUUUAUUCGACACAAGACACAAUUUGAUAUCGACCCUAUUAGAAUGGAACAAGAUAUUUUCUGUGGAGAAAUAAGGAAGAGUGUCAUUGAUAGUCUGAGAUCCCUUGUGAAUGAUAUAUAUAUACCUCUGCUGAAAGCUCAGAAAGACUGGGGCAUCUGUACCCAGCCUAAUGUUACUCAGUUUCUAUCCAGCUUGGACAAAUAUGCAAUUGUACUACAUGACUCUGCUGCUGCUACAAGAUCUGAAAAGCAACAGAUUUUAAAGAGACCAGUACGGCUUGUGAGUGCCGAACUAAUGCAGCAGAGGAUGAUGGUCUUUGAUGCAGAAAUCAUUAGUGAAAACGAGACUAUUCUGUCGGAUUGGAUGAAAACACUCGAAGAAAUCCUUAAAGAAGGUGGAGAUGACAGGAUUCUAGAUAUAAAUACCACUCCCAUAACUGAACUUGAUCGAUGGAGGAGGAGGCAAAGGACACUGGAAUCCAUCAUGGAGCAACUAAAAGGGAAAGAAUGUAAAAAUGUCAUUGGCCUGCUCAUUGCCACUAAAUCGCGUCUUCUGAAAAAGUGGAAAGCCUUGGACAUAAGCAUUACAGACAUAGCAAAUGACACUAAAGGCAAAGUCAAAUAUCUUGAAGCACUCAGUCGUCAUUUUGAAGCCUUAGCCAAUGAAAACAACCCAGCAAAUUUGAUGAAUACUGUUCUACCAGGAAUAUUUACUGCUUUCAAGCAAAUGGAUACAGUCUCCCGAUUUCUUUCACGAAAUGGUUAUUUAGGUCUGCUGCUUACAAAGAUAUGUAAUCAGCUAACACUGACUUGCAGAGACUUCCUGCAUGAAGCCAUUCUACUAGGCGAGUCUGAUGACAGACUGUGGGAAAAAAUUGAAGAAGAAAUGGCAACAGAUGAAUAUAUUCCAGUACAAAUGUCUCUACAUCUGAAGGGCAAGACAAAAGAAAAGAGGCUAGAGAUUGACAAUAACCAUGCCUCUAUAUAUAAUAGAAUACAAACCUCUCUGAUGUUGCAGACCUAUUUUCUAGAUGCUUUACGUCAACUGCGGGAAAAUGUGGGAGGAUCUCAUGGACUGCACCAUUUCUCUUCUUCUAGUUCCCUGUCGACAAUGCAGGGAAAACAACCUUCAGUUUCAGCUGGAAGAAAAGCUAGCCUAAGAAAGGCUUCUUUAGCAUCAAGCAUUGAUCAUGAUUACCAUGGGGCAGGAGUAUCCCUGACUGAUGAAGAGAGCAUAAUGCACAACUUGGAUGCUUUCUGCUACAAGCUCAGACAAUUUUGUCAUGUUCUUGUCACACUUCAACAGUACAAAAUUCUCACUGAUCAAACUAAAGGUAUAUUAAAACCAAAUCAAGAUGAUCUGUCUUUAAGUGAAUCAGGUGAAGAAGCGCCAUUAAAUGAGGCAUCAAAAACUAUGAUAAGAAAUGUUGAACAUUUAGAUUCCUUGAAGGCUGACUUUGCCCCUCAUUCGUCUGAAUCCUGGCGAACUGGCCUAAAUGUGGCUCCAUUGCAGACUCUAAUAGAAGAAGAUGAAGGUCAAAGUAACACUGAGAUUCCUGUUUCUUCCCAUGAGCUUAACUGUGAAAGGUUGUCUCCCGUAGAGGAAAACACUGAUAGUCUGGGACAUGAGAGUGUUGAUGAAGAACAAAACGAGGAAGAAAACACAUUGUCAUUUGAAGAAAAGAAAAUACUCCAAAACCUAUAUAACUGGGAUGAUCCAGAAGAGGAAGGCCAGUGCCUACCAUCUGUUAUCAAUGAAUACUUGGCCAAUUUGAUACAAGCCAUGUCAUCUGGUAUUACAGCUGAUGUGUUGUUGAAUGUUGAGAAGAGGGAAGCAGAUAGGUUCGAAGAUGCAUAUUCAGAAUUUCUUGUAAUGAAUCAGGCAUUGGAAAGAUAUAUUACUGUUUACAUGCAGGCAGUAUUCCUGAGAAAGAUGCGCACUGUAGAAGCAAUUGCCUUUUUGAAAAGGUUUACUGCUGUUAGUCAACGACAAAGUAUUCAGCCAAUGAUUACUGAAUGCUAUGUGGAAGCUUUGAAUUGGUUUUAUGAUGAAAUUAAAGAAGUUCAAGAGACCUAUGAAAGACACAAGGAUGACCCCAUAUUAGCCAGGAAUAUCCCCCCUGCUGCUGGUGCAAUUUAUUGGUCCAGACAGCUAUUAUCCAGAAUUGAAGAACCAAUGAAGGUUUUCAAAGAAAUGAAAGUUACGAUUUCAUCCUACAGCUACUCUCAAACAGUAAAAUUGUACAACAGAAUUGCAGCAGCACUGGUUACAUAUGAAACUCUGUGGUAUCAGGAGUGGAAGUCUCGUGCUGAAGGAUGUCUUCGAGGACUUAAUGCUACAUUAUUAAUACGAGAUCCCAAUACACAAGAACAUUUAGUUAACAGCGAUCAAAGAAUUCUUCAGCUUUUUGAAGAAAGCAAAUGGAUGUCUAAAUUGAAACUACAGGUUCCUCAGUCAGUUUUGUUAUCUUUAAAACAGGAGAAAAAAUACAAAAUGUAUAAAAGACACCUUGAAGAUCUCCUGAAAGAAUUUCAACAAAUUAAGAGGGCUAUUCCAGAAUGCUUGGCAUCAGAAUUCACAGUUUAUUUGGAGGCUGUAAACCAAAGUUUUCAGCCAGGUCUUUCAGUGUUGUCCUGGAGUAGCGUUGACAUUGAAGCUUUCUUACAUCAGGCUUAUUCUGAUAUCUCCAGGCUUAAACACCUUGCUGAUAGAGUAAUAAGAAUAAAAGAAGAUGUAAUUGACGGAAUUUUAGCUGUGAUAUACAAAUCAGUGCUAUUCAAUGGUGAUGAACUACUUUCUGGAUUGAUAAGUCCAGAAGAAUUUCUUCAAAGGUUUACAUCAUCUGUGCAAAAGAGCAAAGCAGAGUUAGAAAGUAAAUUAAAAACCAUAAUGACAGCAAUUUCAGAUAUAAGAUUUAUUAUCUUUAAUUCUAAGGGUACAGGACCUGGAUUGACCAAAGAUCCAGUCCAGUUGAAGCCAUCAAACAAACAAUCUCAUUUACGAGUGCAUCAGACAUUAUCUAAAGGCAGACGACAAGCUUCCCUGUCAUCUAAUUCUUGCAAGAGUGAUAGCUUUGAGGAAAAUGCCAGUUCCUUGCAUGAAUAUUUCUAUGGGGAAAUCUGCCGUGCCAUAUUUGGUUGCAUCUUUCAUUCCCUCUUGGUUUUGGCUUAUGUGUCUGGUUGUGAGAUGUCCAGAAUUACAAAAGCUACUCUGAAUUCCCAAAAGCAACACCAUUCUACUGCCUUCAAGGACACAGACAAUGUUUCCAAGAAAAAUAACAUUUUUACCUUGUUUACUGAAAAUUACUUGUCAGAAUUUCUGCUGAACCAUGCUCCCUCAAAUCAGUUAAGGUGUCAUCUUAAACUGAGGCUGACCAUUCCAAACAUUACUAUUGAUCCUUCAUUAGAAGUGGCACAAGAGGCUUUGAAAGAGUCUGCUUCAGUAAUACUGAACAUAACUGACAUUGUAAAAUGUUGGCCAGGAAAAUCCAAAGACCAGGUGCUGUCAAUGGCAGUUAAAGAAGAUGAAGACAUUAAAGUAAUUUUUAGCUACAUUGGCCAUGUCAUUAGUAAUUUGAAGCCUGUUAUAGAAAAACACAUUUUCUCAUAUAGUUAUUAUGAUUUUCUGUGGAAAGACGACUUGAACAGUCAGUUUGCAGAAAUGACAUCGAAAAAUCCUGAACAUUUUAUUAUUACUAGAGAAGUUGAGCGUCUUCAGAGUAUUGAAGGGAAAAUACAUGACAUCCCAGCUGUCUUUCAAGGAGGAUGCAUUUGGUUGGACUGCUCACUCAUUAAGGACUCCCUGGCUGGUUUUGCAGGAGUGUGGAAGUUUACAUAUGCUUCAGUACUUCAUCAAGAAGCAAGAGAAAGAUUAAAUGAAAUUUUACAAUAUAGAAAUACAAGGUAUCAGCAAUUAAUGACUGAGGUUCAGUCUCUUGAACAAUUAAACGAUGCACUCUGUCUCUUGGAAGAACUGCAAGACAUGGAGAAUAAAAUUGACAUGAUCUACCAGCCUGUUGAGAGAAUGUACAAGCAGCUCAGAUCUUACCAGAUGAGGCUUUCAAGAGAUGAAACCACAGAAGUGGACAAUUUGAGGGAGAACUGGGCAGAAUUAAUGAGUUUGGCAGAAAAUGUAAGAAAAAAACUACUAAAAGAGAAAAAAAUCAUAUUUGAACAAGAGCUGGAUAAACAAGUCAAGAGUUUUAGUGUUGAUGUCAUUCAGUUGAGAAACUUGUUUGAUACUCGAGGUCCUGCAGCUCCUGGACUAAGACCAGAGGAAGCUGUAUAUCAGUUACAAAGAUUCCAAGAAAAGUUCUCUAUUUAUGAUGUGAAACAAAAAACUCUUAACUCACUGCAAAGACUGUUUGGUGUGACUAUGACAGCAUUUCCAGAGCUUGACAGGACAGGAAAGGACUUGAGGCACCUAGGUGCACUCUAUGAAUUGUUUCAAAAAUUCCUUGCCUUUGAUCAAAGAUUCAGGGACACCUUGUGGGCUGAAGUGGACUUACCACAGAGCACAAAGGAGGUUAGAGACUAUUGGUCUCAGUGUCAAGCUUGGAAUGACCAGCUUACAGAUUGGGAUGCCUACAAUGAAAUGGCCAGGCAGAUCAAGUUCUACAUUGACUGCAUUCCCGUGUUACACAUCCUAGCCACAAAGGAAAUUCGUAACCGCCACUGGCUUCAGGUGAUGGCUGUUACAGGAAGUUCAUUUCCACUGGAAGCCACUGUGUUUAAGCUUCAUCAUUUAUUAGAUAUUGAUCUUCUGAAGCAUCAAGAAGAUAUUAUUUCAAUAGCCAAAGCAGCCACUGAAGAGUUACAGCUGGAAAUGAAAAUGAGGACAAUUGAAGAUGAAUGGACAGAGCAUGUUCUAAACUUUGAAUUGUACAAGAACUAUGGCCCUGUCCUUUUGGUUAAAGAGGACACACUUCAGACUUUAGAGCAAGUAGAGAAUACAAGGGUCCUUCUAGCUCAGAUGCUGACAUCAAAGCACAUUGGUCCUUUGAGAGAAGAUGCAGCUUCUUGGUCUGAAAAGUUAAAGGAAGUUGGUAUGGUUUUAGAAAUUUGGAUUGAAGUACAAGACAUGUGGCACAAUCUGGAACCAGUUUUUACUAUUCCAAGCAUUUGGAAGGAGCUAUACCAAGAUGCUAAGCGAUUUAGUAAAGUGGACAAAAACUGGAUUAAAAUGAUGCAUUUGGCAAGUAACACAAGAAACAUUCUACAGUGCUGCUGUGCAGAAGAAGCAUCCAAAGAGUUGAUGCUGAAGCAUAUGUUCACAGACCUGGAAACUUGUUGCCAGUCACUGGCUAUGUUCUUGGGCCGUAAACGUCAAGCUUUUCCACGAUUCUACUUUUUACCAGACUUUGUUCUUCUUUCUUUUUUGAGUUGCCCAACAGACUUCAGCCUUCUAUGUAACCAUUUCAGUCUGCUAUUUAGUGGCAUCCAUAAUGUGAGAUUGGAGUCAUCCAGUACUGUUCAAGGUAGCAGUAUUUCUGCAGUAGAACAACUCGACACCAUGGUGUUACCUGGGUUUACUGAGAGACUUGGAUCUGCCAGCGUACAAAGUUUACCUCACUACAGUGACAAUGAGAGUUUUAUCUCCAGAUCUGCCAGAUCAGUUGGUUUGUCAGUUGAGAGCCCUGUUUCCACCAACAACACGGACCCCAAAAACUCUUUGCAGAUUGUAUCUGUAAUUUCAAAAGAUGGUGAAAGUCUUGAUCUAAGAGAAGAGGUUCCCCUGUCUUCAUCUAUAGAGGAAUGGCUUACUCAGUUACAAAAAGUGAUUGCCACAACUCUGGAAACCUGCAUUGGUAAAGCAGCCUCUGAUGUCAGGCAGGGAGUUAAUGUUGAUGAAUGGACAUACAAGUAUCCUUUCCAAAUAGCAAGAUUAGCCUUGUUAUACUGUUGGACAGCAGACUGUGAAGCAGCUAUCAUAGAUCUGAAGUCUGACCGCAAGGCUUUUCCUGGAGCUGUAAAGAAAUACUCUGGAAUUAUCUUUCGUCUUUCAUCCAUUCUCUCCAAGAAAAUCUGGAAGCAUAAUAACGAUCCUAUAACAUGCAGUCAAAAACUAAAAGUGGAAAACAUGGUGAUGUUUGCAGUUUAUCUUCGUGAUGUUCUGGAAAGUUUAAACACACGAAAGGUCAGAGAUGUGACAGAUUUUGAAUGGAGAAGAGCACUGAGGUUUUACUGGGAUGAUAAUGAUGGAAACAAUGCCCACAGAUUGUGCAUUCAUGAUGCUCAGUAUGAGAGUGGCUUUGAAUUUUAUGGCGCGUCAGUCAAUAUUACGCUGAGUCCUGUUACAGAAAAGGCAUUCUUUGCUUUGUCACAUAUUCUGAAAAGUGGAAAUGGUGUAAUUGUUCAAGGUGAUCACAGUUCUGGGAAAACUGAGACUGUUAAGAUUGUGUUGAACCAAAACUUCAGUUUAUUCUUGACUGCACGUAGCAAGACAGACUAUAAGAGCCUGCCCAGCGAUAUCCUGGCUUUAUUCCGAACAGUCUCCAUAACAUUGCCAGGUUACAGCUUGAUCCUCAAAGCACAUCUCACAGCCUUAGGAUUUAAGAGUCCAAAGAUGCUAUCCCAUCGGUUACAGCUUGUAACUGAUCUCAUCAAACAUCAACUGCCAGAGAAGAUACAUCAUCACUUUAGUUUAGCAUCUUUAAAGGUAGUCCUUCACCGUGCUGCACAAAAGAAAGACAUUGAUCAAGAUGAAAGAACUGAAGGAAGACAAGACAAACAAGAAAUUAAGCCUGAAACGGGGAGGACGUCUCAGUGUAGCAGCAUCACUUCUGCCCAAGCUUUAGUGGCUUCUGCAAUCAGUCCAUCUCUUAGUGUAAGGAUGGUUCAGAGUCCAGAUAAAAGAGGGAAGACAGCCAGCUCUAAUGCCAUGACCCCCGUGGCAAGACUAGAGCAUGCUUUAACAGGAGAAACCCUUCAUGAAUGUCUAGCACCAAGGAUGGAAGGAGAUGAUCUUUUGGUGUUUAGCCAGAUUGUGAGAGAUGUCUUUGGUGACAUUGUGGACCUGUCUAAUCAAGAUUCCUACUUUCAAUCAUCUCCAAGUGGCCUAGAAAAAGCUAUUUUAAAAGCAGCAAAGAAUAAUAAUCUAAUCCCUCAUACUCCAUGGGUUAAUAAAGUGAAACAACUUUAUACCCUGAGUCAGAUCAAUCAAGGUAUUAUUGUGGCUGGUCCCCCAGGCGCUGGGAAGAGCUCUUGCAUCUCCACUCUGAUACAGGCUCUUAGUUUAAUUUCCUCUGGUAACCAGUCUCAGCUAUCCAGUGUUCCUGUAGCUGAUAAAAUGGAGCCAUAUGUUCAUAAACUGAUUAAAUUCAGCCCUCUAGCUGUUGAUAAUUUUACUUUGCUCUUUGGCUCCCAACCACCUUCACAAAACUGGAUAGAUGGUAUCAUCACAUACACUUGGAGAAAAGCUUUUAGGACAUGCAGCAAUACUUGGAUUUGCUUUGAUGGACCACUGAACUCUAGCUGGAUGGACAACUUCAGUAGUGUACUAGGAAAUGAAAAGUUUAUGCAGCUAAGCAGUGGAGAGCAUAUCCACUUAAGCAGCAACAUGCAUCUUCUUUUUGAAACAUGUGACCUUGAACUUGCUACACCUUCAUCCAUUUCACAAACAGGUAUAUUAUACAUUGACAGUGAUAUUACUGGAUGGCGGCCUUUAGCCAGUGCUUGGCUAAUGAAACGAAAUGAGCAAGAAAACAGUGUCUUAUCAAAAGUUUUCAACACUGCUUUGGAUCCCAUUUUUAACUAUGUUCUUCGGGAGAUAAAGUAUCCCAUUCCUCUGACAGAAGUGGGCCUUUUUCAAACAAUUUCUAACCUUCUUGGAGCCAUGUUGAAUGACAAGGCACAAAGCUUAGGAGGUCAAUUCCACAUUGAAAGACUCUUUCUUUUUUGCCUUAUAUGGACAGUAGGAGGACUCUUGCAAGAUCAUGAUAAAAAAAAAUUUAGCGAUGUUUUAAAAAUUCACUCCACAAGUUUACCAGACUAUGAUGAAGAGAUUUCAGUUUUUGAUUACUAUGUUGACGAGUCAGGCGAAUGGGAGCUUUGGACCUCGCAUCUCUCAGAACAGAACCGUGCAAUUCAUACAGAUGUACUAGGUGAAGUGUUUAUUGAAACUGUGGACACGCUAGCAGUUCGUACCUUCAUGGAAUAUGCUAACAUGGCAUCCCAGAACAUCCUUUUAGUAGGUCCACCAGGCUGUGGAAAAACAACAUUGCUCAAUGAUUUUAUCAGCGGGCAAGAAAAAUUCAAUGCAUUUAUUAAAAGAACAGUAUUCUGUGCAACAUCAAAAGCUAGAAAUCUUCAACAGAUUUUUGAGGAAAUAAUUGUUCACAGACAAGGUUUUGUUUAUGGUGCAAGAGAUGGGAAAACCUUGCAAAUGUUAAUUGAAGACAUCAACCUUCCAGAGUCUCAGUGCUGUGGGGAGCUUUUGAGACAGGUUUUGGAUGAUAAGAUGCUACUGAAGCUGAACAAACCUUUUGAAUGGCGGCACAUCACAGAUCUUGUAGUUCAAGCCACCAUCUCUUUGCCUGAAUUCCCAAAUGACAACAGCAUUUCUAAGAGGCUUUUGAGAAACUUUGCAGUGUUAUACCUCCCCACUCCUGAAGGAGCAAAACUAAAACAAGUUUUAUUUUCAGUUCUACAGGCAAAUAUGGAGAAAAAUAAUGCUCAGCAAUUGGAUAACAAUUUACAUGCAGCGCUGGUGUCUGCUUCGUGCAAUCUUUUAGAAUCCAUCAAGUCAUGCCUUUGCAGAUCAACAAGUCCAGGAAGACAACAUUAUCAAUUCUGCUUAAGAGAAAUUGCCAAGACUUUCCAAUGUUUAAGUAGAUUGUCAAACAAAGAUCGCCAGGAUGCAGAUUUGGUAACAUCAUUUUGGAAGCAUGAAAUUGAACGCAUUUUUGGAGACCGACUGUGCCAGCACUCUGAUCUUAGAUGGUUUCAGGAAAAUCUCAAAAACAUUGAGGAAAAGCAUCUCUAUGGUCUCCAAUUUAACAAUUUGCAUGGAAACUUUAUAACAUUUCCUAUUGAAGCAGAAAUAUCUAAAAAGCCAUAUGGAAAAAGUGACAUCAUAUUCCAGGUUCAGAGGGUGGAGCAAAUACAUGAUGUGCAGAGCUAUGUUCGGACUUAUCUACAGCAAUACAAUGGAGAGCUGGAAAAUGACCCACUGCAGGUGGAGCUGUCAGAAAACACAUUAGCCCUCAUGGUCAGAAUUCACAGAGUCUUAUCUUAUUCACACAGUGGCAACCUUGUUAUCAUAGGUUCUCCAGGAAGCUACCUAAGGUCACUUCUAAAACUUAGUCUCUACAUUGCUGGAGUGCCUCUUCUGCAGUCAGACACAUCACAUAAAACUAAUUUCUUCAGAUGUCUUAAAUUAGCAAUCCAACAGGCAGCAACAGAAAACAAGGCCUCUGCUCUACUGCUGACUGCCAGAGAACUUGAAGAUCCAUUCUGCCUGGAUAUUGUGAAUAGCAUUUUAAUUAGUGGAGAAUAUUCAUCCCUAUUCUCAGCAGAGGAAAUGCAAGAUCUUGUAAAGAUGUUGAACUCCUCAAUUCAGAGAGAACAACCACUACUAGUAUACGACCCAUAUAACUAUCUGGCCUCCAAAGUGAAGUUGUACAUUCACUUCCUCAUAUGCCUACCACCUCACCAUAGACUUCUGGGACGUGAUUCACAGAAAGCUCUGGAAACAUUAAAUCAGACCCGUAUUGAUAUAAAUAACACCCAACAACUGGUGUCAGAUUUAAUAAAACAAUAUGGCGAUGCCAAGACUGCCGCAGCAGACAUACUAAAUAAACUGGCUUCAAAAGCUUCAGCGCUGGAACAACUUAAAGGACAACUAGGUAUGGGUGCAGAAAGCCUGCAGGUUUUUCUGACACAAGAAGAAUCUGAUUCUGAAGAACUUGAGGAGGAAGAUCUGCUUAAAGAUGACACAGUGGAUGAAUAUGAUGAGGCUUUUUAUAAAAUGAAGGAAAUUAGCAGUAAAUCUCAAGCAAAUAAAUUAUAUGAAGAUUUAGAAAAUGCAAAGUAUGACUUGGAAGAAGCAAGAAAUAACUUAAAACAUGCCAAAAAUCAGGUGAUGCAUUGGUGUUCUAAAGUUGAUAAAAGCUGCAUAGAGAGAAUAAGUCGUUGCCAAAAUCCACCGUUCCUUCUUGGUCAGAUAUUAGAAAUGGUGCUUGUGAUGCUGGGCCUUUUACCUUAUGCAUAUGAAAUGGAUCUUGAGACUCCAAGGCCUCUAAGAAUAUCUACUGAGUUUUCAGAGGGCAGGCGAUCCCAAAAAUCAAUGGCUUCCUUAUCUGCUAGAAACUCAAAAAAGUUGAUUACAAAAGGUUCUAAGAUGGAUAUCAAAGAAAAAGUAGACAAAAACUGGUGGAAGACAUUACAAAACUAUGUUAGUGACAGCAGCAAGUUUGUAGAACUGAUACAUAAUAUAGCACAACUGGAGGAUGGCCUUCAAGAUGAAGUUCUGAAAGAGGUGGAGGCUUACCUGGCAAAACCCACAGAAGGAAACCUAGGAGUAACUGGAGAAGGUUCUUUGUUGGCUGAUGCUGCACCAUAUGCCACGCCCCAGACUAUCACUCCGGCCAAAAAGUUCUCUGCAUCAGACAGCAACACUGGAAAAGGGGGGAUUACCAUUGCUGCAGCAAGGUACAGUUCUGAGGAAGCAGCAGUCCUGGUUGCUUUUGUUGUGGCACUUGUGGAGUAUACCCACCUCUGUGGACCCUUGAAAGCUUGUUUAAGACGAGUUCAAGAGCUUGAAGGAGCGAAGCAAGAUCUGGAAAUUCAUAAGCAAGAACUUGAAACGCCUUCUGAUAAAAUGGAAGACCAGGAGGAGACUGAGUCAGAGAAAAUAUUGUUUACUGAAAAUGACCUACCGCUACUCAUUACAGAGGUUCAGCAGCUUCAGUCCGAGUAUGAUAUUGCUAUAGCUCACAAGCACAAGCUGGAAACUGAAUUACAGUCCCACAAGGAAAACCUGCAUGCUGCUCAAAACAUAUUAAAGAAACUCUUAGCCAGCAAGUUGUUCCUGAAAAAAUGUUCAGAAUGGGGACUGACUCUGUCUCAGAAGAUCUUAUUUAAAGAAUCGCCUCUUAUGCCUUUUCUGUUCCAUCCAAUUGAAAUCAAGAGGGUCCAAAUGAAUGGUGCUGCCAUGAAUUUGAAUACAGAGACAAUAUCUUGUAUUCUUAAGUAUGAAGACUGCUGUAGCACCUGGGUUGCCGAACAUGAAGUGGAGUGUCGCCCAAGCUUUAGACUUGUGCUUCACACUGCAGCUUUACCAGAACAGCUGCCAGCUGAAGUUGCAGCCUUUUGCAAACCAGUGUAUUUUGACCAGGAUCGGAGUGGGCUGAGGGAACAGCUUCUGAAUAGGUUCAUACAACUGGAGAAAAUAAGACUGGGUGAGGAGUAUAAAUCAUUGCAGGAGGAAUAUCUAGACAACAUGCAAGAACUUUGGGAUAUGGAAACUAACAUUGUGAAGAUACUGUCCGCCGAAAUCUCUCUUCUUAACAGCCUCUCCAUAAAUAAGAAGUUGUGUGACUUGAAGCAGCGCUAUGAAGAAGCAUUAGAAACAAAAUCCAGGCUUGAGAUAUCAGAAAAGUCUAUCUUGUCCAUAAAAGAAGGAUUCAGAGACAUAGCACUAAGGGGUGCAGUCAUGUUUGACAUAGCUUAUGCAUUGCGAAGCCUCAACUCAGUUUAUCAUGUUAGCUAUAAUCAGCUUUUGGGAGUCUUUGAUAGCUCUAUUGCUAACUCUGAGAGGUAUUCAGUAAAAACCAUUGUGGAUCGAGUGACUUAUAAUAUAUUCUGCUAUGUUGGCAAGUAUCUUCUGGAGAAGGACAGAAUAAUAUACAGUCUUCUGUUAGCCCUAGAGAUGGAAACAUCUUUGGGUCAUAUCAGUCCUGGUAUGGUGGAGUUUAUUUUUUCUCCAGACCUUUGCUCUGAUGUAAUGAAAGCCAUUGGAGCAAAAACAUCAGAGGCAAGACAACAAGCCAAAAAUCCUUUUGACUGGAUGACAGAUGAACAGUUUAAGAAUGUGCAGAUUUUGGCUACGUUUUAUAGCUGGUUUUGGGAUCUGUUUGAUAGAAUGUACAAAGAUGGUAAAGAAAUGACCUGGAAGGCACUAUGUGAAAGUGACCAACCAGAGAAUCCAACAAAGGUGAAGGGACCAGAAGGACUGGAUGAAUUAAGUCAUCUACAGCGCCUGCUUGUUAUCAGAGCUGUGCGUAAUGACAGAUUCAUACAGGCAGCAUCACUUUUUAUAAGUGGUGUUCUUGGGAAAAAGUAUUCUGCUGCAAUUCCAAGUGAUCUUCAUAGCUGUCUCCAGCAAUCUAAAGCCCAGACUCCUAUUUUGUUGCUAUAUGACUUUGAAGCUGAUGUCCCGUGGAGACUGGUUUCAGACCUGUCAAAAAAAAGGUCUUGUGCACUUCAGGUCAUCACUGUAUGUGACUCAAACUGUUCUGAGACAGCUAGAGUAAUGCAGCUAAUCGAGCAGGCUAUGGUCAAGGGAGAGUGGCUCUUGUUAGAGAAUAUCCAAAACUCAACUCACUUCAUGAUGACUCUGGAAAGUCUUCUUCAAGAAAAAGAGGAUGUGAAUAAAAACUUCCGCAUUUGGGUAUCUGCACAAACAAGCUCAAGCUUAACAGUGAGAUUGCUUCAUUCUUCAGUCAAGAUUGUUGUAGAUACACCAAAGAAUAUAAAAGAUGGGUUGAUGAAGUAUAUACAGCAAGUUGAUACAGAAAACUUGGAUGUCAUCAGCUACCCUGAGUGGCUUCCUGCCGUACACAAUCUUUGCUUCUUGCAUUGUGCUGUGAGAAUUCGAGCCACAUGUGGGGGUAUUGUGGGCUGGAACUGCAAGAAAAAUAUGACGUUUGGAAUUCAAGAAUAUCUGGAUGCACUACAGGCCCUAACGGAGGAGUUUCACAAUGAAGAUUCUGAGACUGAUGGAAAAGUCAUAUCCUGGACAGGGAUUAGGUACCUCCUGACUGAGAUCAUCUAUGGAAGACACAUAACAGAUGAAAAUGACAGACUUAGCUUGACUUCCCUAGUUGAUUUUUGGAUGAGUACCAGUGCAACUAAAAAGGAUAAUGACAUUACAAAACUGAGAUAUAGGAUCCCAGCCGCUUUCUUUAGCAGCGGCACUCCAGUCAACAUCCUAAUGCAAGCCCUUGAUUCAAUCCCUCGCUAUUCAUUAGACGUACCUGAAGGAGUCAGCCUGCACAAUGCCCCCAAUCUACACUUUGGGGACGAGUACUAUGUAGCUAGUGAACUGCACGGCCUCUAUUCAUCUCUGUCUCCAUCUAGACUUAAAGAGUUCCCCUUGUCACAGACCUCUACAAUCUUACCAGAUUCUUCAUCACAUACAGGACAUGGCCUCCAGAGUGUCGCUCCAGUAGCUCCUCUAACUUAUUAUCAACUGAAGUCGCCCACAGAGCCAGAACUUUGGGAGAUCUGCAGUAGUAUUUUAACUAAACUUCCUAAGGGAUGGAGCAAAGAUGUAAUUAAUGAUCGACUUAAGAAACUGGGUGGAAAUACACCAUUCAACCUGUUCAUCAAGAAGGAGCUUAGCCAUCUCAUGAAUGUUCUUUCAGAAGUGAGAAAAAAUAUUCAGACAAUUAAGAAUUGUACUGAAGCCUUGAAUAUAUUUGGAGACCACCUGCCUCCAGCAGAGCUGAGUGUGGCCAGAGACCUCAUCCAGCAACGCGCUGCAAAGCACUGGCUCACCAUUGGGAAGAUGGCCUCUCCUGACGGAUACUGGACAACUAUGACGUGGAUCAGCGAUUUACAACAGCGGGUUCUGCACUUUGAGAAGAUUCUGCAGCUGGGUCAGGAGAAAAUGCCAACAUAUUGGCUUGGUGCAUUUAAAAAUCCAAAGGGCCUUCUUGGGAUUUUCAAACAACAAUGUGUAAGGCAACAUGCUGAACGAACAGGAACAGUGGAGCCAAUGGUGUUCCAGACUGUCAUCACUCAAAGAGAUAAGGAACACAUGAGAGAUCCUCCACAAGAAGGGAUGUUUGUGUAUGGACUCUAUGUCUGGGGUGCAGCUUGGCACAAGACAGAGGCUGGUUUGAUAGAUGCUUCUCCUAAGCAGAGCCCUGUUUCUCUACCGGUUAUUCACUUGCGCUGCAUGUCAAGAUCAGAGAAAGCCAACCAUGCAGAAGUCAACAAAACUACGGACACUUACCAAUGUCCUGUGUACAUGUCAAGCGCUGGACCAAGAGACCCGAUUUUUCACCUUGACAUUUGGAAAGAUAAUGUUCCUGCAGCUAGAUGGGCAUUACGAGGAAUGAAAGCCACACUACAGCCAUUUUAAAUCUUCUUAAUCUUUAAAGCCAUAAAAGUUUGCCAGCUCUGCAUCAAGCUUCAUUGUAAUUCGUCCACAGGGUUCUUUUCAACUGUCCAUGAAAAUGAAAUGUUGAAAACAUUAUAAAAUGAAUCUGUAAUAUAUAUGCAGAAAUUUUAAUUUUAUUAAUUAUUGCUUGAAUGGUUAUGUGCUGCACACACUACUGAAUAAUGCUGAAAUGUGCUAGAGUGUAAAGUUUUGGUUGCAUUAAAUGUGUGAAGAAUACCCAUCAACUCCAA